GAGUCUUUAAUUGAAGAAACGUCAGAACACAGAGAAUAAUUUCAAUAGAAGGAACUGGUGAAUUAUGGCGGAACACAAAUUGCUUGUUUCUUUGAUUCUGACCAUUCUGAGUUUGGAUUUUGUCAUCUUGGUGGAAAGUCAGGCAGCAUGUAAGGAAUGCUUCAAUGGUAAAAAUGAUUGUUCAAAUGUGUACCCAUGUGGUAACCAUGCUCUCUGCUUCACCGACGGAACAUUAUACUGCAUUGAACCCAUCAUAGAUGUUUGUGCUGUACCAGAUGUGGAAACUGCCUGUCUACCCAGCUGCGAUUCAGGGUGGAUACCCCUAUUUAACACGACAUGUAAGGCUGGUGUGUGUUGUGUUAAGGUGCCAUCAUAAAUAGAAAAUACAAUAAAGUUGUGAGGAAGUCAAUGAAGAUUCUAAACUCCAGAAAGUAAAACUCUGAUUUUAAGUUGUAAACUCCUGAGAGUAAGGAUUUCAACCAGGAUUUUGUAAAACAACAAAAAUAAAUAUUUCUAAAAAUGUACAUGAAAAUAAAAGUUCAUCAAGAUUU